AUGGCCUUGACGAGCCAGGCCAAGAGCUUGUACGCCGAGUUGCAGCGCCACCAGCUCAACCCGGACCAGGUCCCUACCCCACAGCUCAACAACUUGUUCAAUCAGCUCAAGGUCAGUGCAGUCGAUUCAGCUGUCAGCUGGUUAUUUUGUCUGGCUGACAUGGAAAGCUCGUCUCAGAUUCACCUCGCCGAAUCCGGCUUACUGUUCCCCACCGCGUCACCCUCGACCGAGCAAGAGAAAGCGGACCUCGUCAUCGCGCGUGAGUACGCAGCAACACAGUCAAGAGUCGGUCCCCAUCUUUUUAACCAAAGUCGACCCUCUUUCACAGGCGACGUGCUCGAGUUUGGCGCGCUGUUUUCGAUCCAGACCGAGGACGUGCCCUCGUUCGAACGCUACAUGUCUCUCCUCUCCGCCUUUUACGCAGAGCCAUCGCAAGUCUCCCCGUCGCCGAAUCGAGCUGCGUUGUCGGCCUUGUCCCUCUUGCGCCUCUUGUCGCAGAACCGCAUCGCCGAAUUCCACACCACCCUCGAAACGCUCUCCUCGGACCUCAUCCUCUCCCGAGAAAUAACCUGGGUACUCGAGGUCAGUUGCCGCGUCUUUCCUAACCCCCCCAAUUCCUGCACCCCGCCAAAAAAAAAGCAAAAGCUAACCGAUUCCGGUCCCGUCGACGAUCGACGAUCCACACCCAGCUCGAACGUUCCCUGAUGGAAGGUUCCUACUCGAAAGUGUAUUCACUCUGUUCGAACCCUUCGAAUCUACCGCGCGUCGAAUUCGAAUACUUCAUCUCGACGCUGCUCUCGACCGUGCGUUCGGAAAUCGCUUCGUGCGAUGAAAGGGCCUACGCUACUUUACCCCUCCGCGACGCGCAGACCUUGUUGUUCUUUUCGAACGAAUCCGACGUUCGAGCGUUCGCGAAGGAACGGGGGUGGAGCGUCGAUGAAGCGAAAGGGAUCAUUCGAUUUGGGGUACAGAGUGGGCCGCUGAAGGCCAACAAAUCGACGGAGGCUGGGUGGGGUUUGGGAGGGGAUAAGGAGAUGAAUAAGGAGAGGAUCGUCGCGAGUGUGGUCGGGUACGCCAAGGAGUUGGAGAGUAUCGUUUAG